AUGUCCAAAGUGGGGGUGGCCCAAUUACAGAAGCGCCUCGAUGGUCUGCUGACAUUGCUCAAUCCCCAUUGGGAUUUUGUCAAUUGCCACAUGGUGAACUAUUUGACGGAUCAACACUGGGAUGUCUUUCUGCCUGAGGCUUUGAGAAAGGAAGUCUCUUGCAAAGAGGAUGUGAAUCUGGCUAUAGAAGGCUUAUUUUGGCAAGGUGAUAAAGCAGGAGGAAGAUUCCCAGAAUGGCUGUGUUUUUUGGAAAAGGGCCAGCAAGAACGCCUGGCGCUUCAUCCGGAAUUGUUGACCAGCGUGGAGGAACUGUUUGAGUGGCAGGAGAAUGCCGCACAGCUAAGCAUCCGGGAGUUUAUGAGCGCCAAAAAAUGCCAUGAGGUGGAGUCAACAGCUGCUCUAGUAGACCAUCUCCUGAAGAACUACGGGCAAGACUGCUACAUUGUGGAUGCAGGCGAUGGCAAGGGCUAUCUCUCCUCCCGCCUGGCGCUCCAGUAUGGCCACCGCGUGCUCGGCAUCGAUGCCAAUGCGGAAAACACACAGAACGCCUUGAGUCGCAAUCGAAAACUACAGCGCGCUUGGAACGGACUCACAGAACGGGCGGAGCUGCAGAGCCAAGGAAUCACCCCUAAGAGGCGGGGCAAAAAGUCACCCACUAGGGAUACCACAAAGAGUGCGCCUGCUUUGGAAAACUACAAAACAACGGCCAGAUUUAUAACCACCGAACUCAACUUUGGCGCCUUGCUGGCGGAUCAUUUUUAUCAGCUCCCACAAUCAGACAAUCCCAAUAUUUGCCUCACUGGAUUGCACACCUGUGGCAAUUUAGCCGCCACCUGCUUGCAGGUUUUCCAUGCCCAGAAAGACUGCCGGUUGCUGUGUAACAUUGGCUGUUGCUAUCACUUGCUAAAGGAGCAAUACUCGCAGCAAGAAUUCUUUGGGAACAAGGCCCUGAUGGACAUGCAAACGGACCACGGGUUUCCACUAAGUCAGUAUCUUCAGGAGCGACAAGUUCGAAUGGGUCGCAAUGCCCGAAUGCUGGCGGCACAGUCAAUCGAGCGCACACUGGAUGCCAAGGAGCUGCCUAAUGUAUCGCUCUACUAUCGUGCUCUUUUAGAGAUACUGGUUUGCCGUCAUGCUCCGCAAUUGAAGAACGAAUUGCAGGUGGGCAGGUUGCGCAAAUUUGAGAGCUUCCAUGAAUACAUUCAAAAAUGUGCCACAAAAUUGGAUGCUCCUUGGUUGGCAGCCAUCAAAGAGGACGAACUCCAAUCCCUUCUGCAAGAAUACGCUUUGGACAAGUAUUAUUUGGAUUUAUUCUAUCUGCUACGUAUGUCCUUUGCUCCGGUGCUGGAGAGUUUGAUACUUCUUGAUCGCCUGCUCUAUCUGAAGGAACUGGGCUAUGAACGCAGCUAUCUUAUAGAUUUGUUCGAUCCCGUCAUAUCGCCCAGGCAUUUUGCAAUUGUUUCUAUUAAGCCGUUGACGUAACGAUUUUGACUUUGCAUAAUGCCUCAAAGUUUGACAGGCGAAGCCGGUUCUGCGUAAUCGUUAAUUAAUGAUAAGCAUGCAAUACCUUUUGAGCAGUUUAAAUACUAGAUACAGAUGUAAAUCCUAAGUAAAACGCAAAUGUAAAUCUACAAAUGUAAAAACAAAACAUAAAUAUAAAUGACGUUUUCUAAAAA